CAUUGUGUGUGAGAACCUUCUUUUAAAUGCCCAUGAGCCUCCCAGCAGCUGCUCAAUUUAGAAGAUCACAUGCAUUAAGACCUGACGCAAUAACGAAUUUCACCCUUAAUACUACUGUUCGGGCACUGGCGCAACACCUUCGCUGAAGCAUGGACCCUGUGUCAUUUGCUGCCAGCCUUGUCACUUUGCUUGGCGUUGCUGGCAAAACUUCCGAGUUUGUCUACAACUUCAUUCUUGACAUUCGUGAUGUGCCGAAGGAAAUACGGUCGCAGGCUAUCAAGUUACAAUGUUUGCAUCAAACUCUCACCGCGCUCUGGUCUCUAUACGGCACCAGCAGCAUGACUCCAGAGCUGCAACUCGAUCCAGUCCUCGAGGACCAUAUUCGAAUUUUCCUGAGCGAAAUUCAAACGCUCGAAAAUAAGAUAAGGGAGAGGAGCACCAAACUGAGCGGUAGUCGAAGGCAGCAUAUGAAAGAGCGGCUGAUCUGGCUUUCGUCGGAUCGAGAACUACGCAAGUUCUAUACCUCGCUAGACAAUUGGUCUCAGAUUUUCUCGACAGCAGUGUCUACAACUAAUCUAAAGCUGUUGAUGAAGAUAAACGAACAAGUCUUACAGACGCGGUCAACUCCAUCGAUCGUCCAUCCUCAACAGCGACAACUAGAAAACAUGUUAAAUACUGGUGGAAAAUGUUUAGACCCCCAGGUCGGCACUCAUCACUUAGGUGGGACUACACCAUUCACGCUACAAAGAGUCGCGCCCCUGCCUAGCGCACUUCGUGCUUGCCUAAAACGGACUCGUGAUCCCGUAGGUCUCAGAGUCCAACAAUGGUACACAUAUACAUCCAAGGUCUUUUUAGUAAAUUGCCUUGUUGGUCCCUCAGUAUUGAGAUGCUGGUCAGAAGAAGGCAAAUCAGUCUACAAGACAAUGUCAUUGAAGAACAGUGCAUGUCUGGCAUCUACCCUUCAUAUCCGCCGGUUCUUCCCAAGGCGGAUUAGCCUCAUGAUAGCGUACCUUCUAGAAGGUCCAAAAGUCAGUUUUACUUGGAGUCUUGCAAUAAACGGAUUAUUGAGACCGAUUCACCCAGCAUACCUGGCUUGCAAAAACGGAGAUUGGCAUAUGUUGCGGAAAAUGCUAGAGGAUAAGCGAGUUAAUAUAUUCGACACCACUGCGUAUGGGACUUCAUUACUACAUAUAGCUGCACAAAGUGGGCAUGAUGAGAUAGUCACCGGACUUCUCCAUCAAGGCGCGAAAGUCGAUGCCGAGAACGAUUUCGGAGAAACUCCAUUGCAAGUAGCUAUAUGGAAGCCCCGAAACUAUGCUAUCGCAAGUUCUUUGCUCACCUUCGGCGCUGACCUCAACCAUCAGGACAUCACGGGUCGAACUGCACUUCACAGCUACUUCAACGACAGCGUCAGGGCACUCAUAGAGUUCCACCAAGAAGACCUCGAUAACACCACCCAAGACUCAUCUGGAAUGAGCAUUGGGCAUUACGUUGCUUGGAGCAAGAGCUCGUCGGUCAUCGACCUUCGUCGGUGUUACCGAGCAAACCCCGCGUCGCUUGGUACAACUAAUGAUGAAGGCAUGACGAUACUGCAUUACGCCUGCCAACGAGGAAAUCUCGAAAUCAUCGAGUUUCUGCUAGGCGAAAACAACCCAGCUUUCUCGCAGGCUGACUGGCAUGGUCGCACAUUACUCCACUACGCCACGGAGAGUAGUCGUAGCGCGCAAACGAUUGAUAUUCUCGUACAAGAAGGUUUCGAUGUACAUGCCGUCGAUCACCGUGGCAGGACUGUACUCCACCAUGCGGCGUCUGCGGGUAGUGUUGCCGCAGUAGAAAAGCUUCUUGAGUUGGGUGUCGAUGCGGAUCUGCAUGUGCUGGAUGCUGAUGCUCGCACACCGUUACAGCUGGCGGCUUGUUGCGGAAGGGAUGCGGUUAUGGAUGUGCUCAAUCGAAGAUGUGGUGUACUACAGGUUCCAGAGUUAGCUGAGGAGCGGGAUGCGAGUGAUACUGAUGGGCAGAAGGCAUGGGCGAUGAAUACGAAAGUCUUCAUCAACCUGAUAUGGACUUUGUUAGACCUGAAAUAUGUUGGUGGCUGCAUACUUCUGUGGCUUAUAUUUCAGAUGUGGGCCCUUGUUGAGCGCAGAUGGCGACCUAUGUAUUCAGUCAAUGUAUAGUUAGGUUGAGAGAUUAUCUCGUGGUGACAAUUUUAAAACUUCGAGUA